AUGUGGCGACGCCUAUCCCGCCUGCGUCAGCGCGGCGCUCACGGCACCGACGACUGGCUCGAGGACUUCUUGCACCUCAGCAAGCAGCAGACGCUGCUCCGCUUCGACACGGCGGGCUGGCGCGACCGGUGGUCCCUCCACUGCGACGCCGAGUACGGCGGCAGCUCGACCGUCGAGCUGCAGCAGGGCGAGGCUGAGGGCGAGGGCACCGCCCGCUUUGCCGGCCAAACGGUGACAGAGAUAGACAGCGAUAACUCGUCAGUCAGCCCAGAGACGGGUAAGCGAGCGGUGUACGCGGGCUGGGCCGCGAUGCGGACGGACGUCGAGGGCGACGGCUGGGACCUCAAGGACUUCCACGGGAUCCGGCUGCGGGUGCGGCCGGACGGGCGCGGCUACAUGCUCAACCUGCGGACGGUGGGCAUCCUCGGCGGGGAGGACGUCGACAUCUACCAGGCGCGCAUGCCUCCGUCUCCGGUCCUGGGCGACUGGUGCGAGCUGCGCCUCCCCUUCUCCGCCUUCGUGCUCACCUCCCGCGGCUACGUGCAGCACAGCCAGGCGAUGAACCUCGAGACGCUCAAGGAGGUCGGCCUGCUCGUCGCAGACAAGCAGACGGCGCCCUUUGAGCUCGAGAUCGCCGAGGUCGAGGCGUUUCGCUUCGAGGACGAGGAGGCGCAGCCCCCCCGCCCGCGCAGCGCUUAG